CUUCGUGCUAUGUUUAACUUUAUACUGUCUAUAAUUAUACGCUUCUGAUAAAGUUUAGGAAGUCAGCCGAAAUGUAGGCCAAGUGUCUUAUCUUUGAUAUAUAUUUCGGCUAAUAAUUCGGCCAGUAAACAAUAAAACAACAAUAAAAAAGUGAGAAAAUACUUUAAACAAUUGGUAUUCUGCAGCAACUGAUGCCCGGUCACUUUCUCAUCUUUUCCGAUAGCAUUCAGCCUGUCGGCGAACUCAUUUUAAUGACUUAUUUCAUUCGUACAUCCUCGGCUAAGUUCGCAACAGCACGAUUUUAUUUCCGAGACUUUACGGAUUUGACCGAGAAGUAACGAUUACAUGUAACGGUUACACCUCACACAGAACAGCUGCUAAAAUGUACUGCUUAGGUCUGUUGAUUCUGACGCUGGGCCAAGCUCUGGCCAGCUGUCCACAUGGAUGGACUCCCAACGCAGAAUCGUGUUACCACGUCAGCAGAGACGAUGCGACCUGGGCAGAGGCUCAGAAAAUGUGUGAAAGUCAUCAUGGUUCGCACCUGGCUAGAAUAGAAACGGAACCCGAAGAAAAAUUCAUUGAGUCAAUGCUUCGGGAUUAUCACCACGAACACGAAUAUUGGCUAGGCGCUUCUGAUUGGACGGUUGAGGGUGAAUGGAUGUGGGAACCAGAGGGAACAGCAAGCUUCAUGUACACCAACUGGAAGCCUGGCCAGCCCGAUAACCACGGAGGCGAUGACAACUGCCUCUUAAUAGAGGGAAGGUCCCUCUUUUAUUGGAAAGACGAAGACUGCCAUGAUAGAAACUUAUACGUGUGUGAGAAACUUGCGGACACUGAUCCCAUCAUAGCUAAUAUGACAGCGCCGCCGGUGUUUCAGACUGUUGUCAGCAUUGUCUGAUUGUAGGACACGCUGGACAUCAGAUACACCGUCGUGUUUAUGACUCGAUAGUUGUCGUAAUAAAAAAUACUUUUGAAUUCAUAAAA